CUGAACCCUGCUGGUGAUAAUAUAUUCUCUCUUGAAGUGUUCUUCCAUUCAAUGCGCGCCCAUCACAUGACUCCUAAGUUGUGUAUUCUCGCUUCCCACUUCCAUCUUCUCUCCAGCUUCUCCCACUUCUUCUCUCGCUCUCAUCUCUCGUCACUCGUCACCCACCAUGAACCUCUCCCACCUAAUCCAACCCACAUGUACGUACACAUGCCUUUCCGGAAUUCCAUUCCAAUCCGCCGACAUCGCAUGUGCCUAACUAGCCAAAGUGGACGACAUCCACUUUUCUCGGGCAAUCCCGGUUGGCAAUCCGAUAAGGGGCCAGACCGAGCAUCCAAAUAAGGUUGAAGAUCCCUAUAGUUAGAACGGGAGAAGCAGAUGCCGAGCCGAUGCUCCAGAUCGUUCAACAAUGGAUUCUAUCAUUCCGCACGAAGUCUUCCAUGUGCCAUCGGAUGGAACCGGGCGCACCAACCGUGACUCACAUGUGGAUCAGAUCGACCACCAUGUGUACAUGUCUGCAAAUGGAGGAAUUUGAGCUGAAGAGAUGAAAAUAUGUCUCGGA